AUGAAACAUAAAAUGAAUGAAAGUUCUAAAACAGAGGAUAUAAAUAACUCUUCUCGUUUAAAUAAACCAAAUAAAAAAGAAAAAAAAAUAAAAAAAUGGAGAAAAAUAUUAUAUGAAGACCAGGAAUAUGAAGACAAUUAUGUACAUAAGGAUUUCCUAAGUCAUCUUCUAACAAUUUCUCGAACAGAAUACAAAUAUUCAAAUAUUGUGCAUAGCAUGUUAUGCAUAAACCAUCAAAUUAUGAUUGUACUUUUUCACCUACUAGCCUAUUAUUCCAUAAAUAAUAACAAUAUAUCACAUAGAGUUCUAUACACAAUUAAUAUAAUUAUUAUAAUAUUAAAGGAAGUGUUAAUUUAUGAUAUACAUAAAUCUUUUAAUGAUUCCUUUAAAAAUAUAUUAGACACCAUAAUUAUUAUUGGAAUUAUAUGGAUAUUGUCUCCAGUUAUGAUUAGUUUAACCCAAACUCACAGCGAUGACACUGUUUACCUUGUAUCUUUAUGCAUACUCCUACCAAUCCACUUUAUGUUUCAUAAAUAUGGCUUCAUAUAUGAAAAAAAUGAAAAUAUAGAUAUAUUUGAUUCAACUUCCUUAAGCUGUGUUGUUGUCGAAAGUGUAAUUUUAGGAUCUCGUUUACCCUCAAUACCCCAGGUUUUUUCCUUCCUGCUUUGCUCUUCAAUACUUUUUUUUUACACUCCAUUCAUAGUUCAGACAAUAGUUUUAAAGAAUAUUAAUUAUUAUAACUAUGUCCUAUUCCCAAUUAUUUUUAUAAUUCUAUCCAUAUGUAUAAGAAGUAUAUCAGUUCCCUUAUUCUAUGUUAAUUUAUUUGGGCACGUCUUCAUCCUAUUUGUUAUCCCUGCCUUUUUUGUAAACAAGCAUAAUUCGAAAACGGUACUAGAAGGGCCCUGGGAUAUAUCUGGUGUUCCUUUUGUACAAAAGAACACGGAUUAA